AUGAACCCAUCAGAGGAGCCCCGGAAACGCACUGCGCGGGCGUGUGAUUCUUGCUAUAAACGCAAGAUCAAAUGUGACGCAGCUGAGCCACAGUGCAACUGGUGUAGCCACCACAAUCUGCCUUGCACUUUCGAUCGGGUAGUGCAACGUAAAAGGAAGCCCGAUGAAGAGGAAAGCAGCCGCCCCAAAGCCUCGCGGCUGGCCGAACGGAUCAGUCGGAUCGAGCAGCUGUUAGCGGAGAAUCUAAUGCGAGAUCCUACAUCCGAGGGCGCAAUGGAAGUCCCGCCUCUAUCAGAUCUUGCCACCAAUGCAAGCAACUCACCCACGAGUAGCAACACCAGCAUCAGUCAACCGAUUAUUUCCUCAACGGUUGGUGUGCAUUUUGCUGGUCGCGAACUAGGAGUUAUGAGCCUAAUGACAGGCAUUCCAUUUCUUCUCCCAGAGGGUCAGCAAUGGAUUCAAGCUCGCACGGGACAGACCAUCUCAAGUGAUAAACUGAGUCCGGCCCGAGCACCAUGGGAAAAGGAACGAGGGCAGAUUUCUAACAGCAUUCUCAUGGAUCUACGCAGCCAGGACUUGUUUUCUUUGCCUGACCAGCGAAGUGUCAUGCUAUACUUCAACGCCUACAGAAACUCACCCGUCAUGCGCCGGGUUUUCCCAUUGGUGGACGCCGAUCUAUUUGCUGAAACCAUCCAAGAGGUCUACCAGCAACCACAGUCCAGCUUUCAGUUCGGACAGGCCAGUAGCAGAGCAUGUGUGAUCGCCUUUCUAGCGUUCGUUGCCCGUCUUCCCCCGGUCAAAAAUAAAACUCUCGACAGUCCUUUUUCAUAUGUCGACCAUGAGUCUCUUGCUGUGAAAUCCCAGUUUCUUCUUUCCCAGGUUAUGCAGGAGCCGGCUAGUUUAGAAGGCGCGCAAGCAGUGAGUCUGAUGACUCUAUACGAGAUAUCUUCGGGUAACAUGCGGGCCUGCAACUACUUCGGUGCGCUUGCUGCGCGUCUCGUUUUUAUGCUUGGAGGCAAUUUACUUCAUAGCCGGACAUACCUUCCAUCUGAUCGAGGAAAGAAGAAGCGACAACAAUUGCGAAACCUUUUCUGGGUCUGCUAUACAAUGGACAAAGACAUUGCCCUCCGAACCGGCCAGCCACCCACCAUCGCCGACGAAAACUGUGAUCUGACCCUCCCGGCAGGGUACCUGGAGGCAGCUUACGAUACCCCUGAAGAUGAAAGAAUAUCCUUUUCACAGCCGGUAUUCCCCUUCGACCUGCGUCUCAGCAUCAUCAAAUCCCGAACCCACAGCGCGCUUUACUCGAUAAGCGCCCUGCAAAAAUCAGAUGCCGAUCUCCUGAAAUCGAUCCGCGAGCUAGAUGACGAGUUAGAAGCAUGGCGGUUGUCAGUCCCUUCACCAUACCGCCCUACGAUGUCUUUUACACCCGAGGCCGUAGAUCCGAACGUGAGCAUGCAUUCGGUCAUGUUGCGCCUCAAUUACUACCUUUGCAUGUCCCUCAUCCACUCGGCGAGCAGUCGCUGCAAGGCCUGGGGACAGGGAAACCACGGCAUGAUGGACGGGGUGAACUCGAGUCUCGCCCUAUCAGUUGAAGCCAGCCGAUCUACCCUUUGCUAUUUGGAGGCGGCGGAGCACGUACUUGUUGACGGUGUUUUCUGGACCCUUGUCUUCUACCCAAUGUCUGCCCUACUUGCUAUAUUCUGCAGUAUUCUUUCAAACCCCCUCGACCCACGCUCGCGCGAUGACUUGGACCGGCUGCGGCUAGCGACACAGAUGAUCCAGCGUAUCUUCGAGCGAAAAUUGCCCGAGAACGAGAUGGAGCAGCUCAAAAUGGUAGGAGAAUUUGUCUCUGAGCUGAAGCGGUUGGCCGAAUGCUCCAUUGACAAGGCUUGGAGCGAGCAGAGCGCGACCUUGAUGUCGCGCUAG